GGUUACAUAGACUCAACAGGGCUAUGUAAGUAUAUAAGGUAAACCUACUAUUAGGCAGGAUGAAUUAGUUUCAAAAUUUUCAAAUUGAAAGCAAUAUCAGCCAUCUUACAGUACUUAAUUUUUGCAUUUAAAAGUGCAAAAAGCCAUCUUGAAAACACAUAGGGCCUAUCCCAAACAGCAGAAUUUUAAGGAAUAAACUAUUUUAGGAAUAAACGAUUUUCGCACUUAAAACCCUGCUGAAUUGCUUCUACACAACUUGAAAUAUAUAGUACUAUUUUAAUAAAACUCUCAUUAAUUAGGGCUAAUUGUUAGUAGAAUGCAUUUAAUGGAAUUAAAUUUAUAAAAUUUAUUCACAUUGCUAUAAACUUUAAGAAAAUUUGUUUCCAAUCUGAUCAGCAACUCCAGUCGUUCACCGAUAGUUCACCUUGCUGAAUUUAAGAUUAAUGCCAUUAUAAUGCCAUAAAUAAAACAUUUAAAACUAUGAAACAAACAAAAACCAAAUUUCUUUCAAAUUCGCUCUGCAUAUGCAUCUGCAAUGAUCUCGCGAGUCACCCGCGAAUGAAGCCAAAAAUUUGCGGGACGUAUAGAGUCUCUGAGGUAGAGUCCCGCAAAUUUUGGCUUCACGAAAACAUUCAUAAGGUAGCGUUCCAGUUAUUUAUUACAGUUCACUGAUUUGCAUUUAUUGAAUUAAGGUGGUCACCUAUGUUUCUUAAAAGCCUGAUUUUUACACAGGCGAAAUUUUUCAGCUAAAUGCGAAAUAUUUCGCCCGCGUCUUUUGAGUUGUGUUGUAGAAGUAAGGUAUUUGAGCGGUCACAGUUUCAUCUCGCCGAAAAAACAGCGCCCUUGGAAUCAGGCCUUAUGCACUCGCGCUUCCAGUGUCGUCUUAUAUAGAGAAAAUAGAGAAAAAGCGCACUGAAUACAGCUUGCAUAUCACGUGGAUCAUGUUCAAAUGUAAAAUAAAAUAGGGAACUGAUGAAUUCGGCGAGGUCGUUCACAACAGCAUGUAUCGAAACUUAUGGUCUAACGGUCCGAAAGAAGCUUUGGAGUUUCCUGACUACACAUUUGAUGAACAUUUUGGUAAACCUAUUGCCUCCUUUCCACCUAGGGAAGUACUUUAUGACUACCUUAAAGGUCGUUGGUCGAAAGCUGAUGUUCGUUCAUGGAUCAACGUAAAUCACAAAGUACACGACGUCCAAUACAGUGCUUCGGCCGAUAAUUUUAUCGUGCAGGUUAAAGACCUGGCAAACGAUCGUUUUCUACCCGCUGAAACCUUCGAUUACGUCAUAAUUUCUACUGGGCACUACUCCGUGCCACACCUACCUGAUUUCCCCGGGUUAAACAAGUUCCCCGGACGAGUUAUGCACGCUCAUAAUUUCCGUGAUGCUAGAGAAUUCCAAGGCCAGCGUUUGCUACUGAUUGGCGCGAGCUACUCCGCGGAAGAUAUCGCCCUGCAACUGGCAAAGUACGGGGCUGGUAAUAUCAUUUGCACGUACCGUACUCGGCCUAUGGGCUUCAAGUGGCCAGCUAACAUCUCUGAGCGUCCCCUAUUGCUCAAAGUAGAUGGGAAAACAGUUCACUUUAAAGAUGGAAGCACUGCCGAAGUGGAUGCGAUUAUCUUGUGCACUGGUUACCUUUAUUCUUACCCGUUUCUCAAGGACGACAGUCUACGGCUCAAAACUAGUAAUAUUUUGUACCCCGAUGGUCUGUAUAAAAAUACGCUGUGGAUUAAAGGAGGUAACAAGAAACUUAUGUAUAUCGCAGCGCAAGAUCAGUACUAUACUUACACGUUGUUUGAUGUCCAAGCAAAAUGGUGUGUUAAGUACAUCAUGGGUGAAAUUUCACUUCCAAGUCAAGCUUCCAUGGAGGAGGAUGUUAAGAAAUGGAUGAGCAGAAAUGAAUCCUUGAAAGAUUGUCACGAUGAAAUAGAUUUUCAAGCUGACGUUAUUGCCGAUAUUGGCAAAGAUGCCGACUACGGUUAUGAUCUAAACGUUAGUUAUAUGUUCCACGUUUGGGAAGAUCAUAAGCACGAGGAUAUCCUGACUUACCGUGAUCAUUCUUUUACGAGCAAGUAUACUGGCACGACGGCACCAGUUCAUCACACACCAUUCAUGAAAGCGAUGGAUGAUUCAAUGGAGUGCUUUCUGCAUGGAGGGGGCAUGCAAAAAUAGUUAAGAAAAAGGCCGAACUUUAGGAUUCAAUCAUAUACAGUAUAGUCUAUCGAACGAUUAAUAAUUUAAAAUUUAUUUACAUAGCGAAAUUUAAUUGAACUUUAAGGUUUUCACUCACUCGCAAAAAAAACUCG